CACGCAUGACGCCUCGGUCGUGGCUCCCAGAAUGCUUGUCGUGCAGAAAGUGGACAGGGAUCUCCAUGGGAACGGGGCCUAACGACAAAGAGAGAGAUAUGAAACUACACAUCUCCAGUACUGAGUAGAGAAGUUAGAAAAAAUCGAGCCGACAAGAACAGUGAGCUGGUCUGGGGAAGAGUAGCGACAAACGUGGAUCGAUUCCGCGUUCAGCUACCGGGCGAUGCUCGGCGCUUGGGAAUCGGGGAAGGCCCGUGAACGGGACCAAAGCUAGGGGGUAUUGGAUACAGUGGAAAUAUAGUAUUUUGUUGUGUUUCAUGACCGAGGAAGACCGGGCCCCAUCUAGACUAUAGAUUCCACCAGCAUCAUGUCAUUCAGAGACCUGAGGAACUUCACCGAGAUGAUGAGGGCUCUGGGCUAUCCCCGUUUGAUCUCUAUGGAAAACUUUCGGAUUCCGAAUUUUGCUUUGGUAUCAGAGAUUCUCAUUUGGCUUGUUAAAAGAUAUGAGCCCCAGACAGAUAUCCCAACAGAUGUAGAUACAGAACAGGACCGAGUUUUCUUCAUCAAAGCUGUAGCACAAUUCAUGGCAACUAAAGCUCACAUUAAGCUCAAUACUAAGAAGCUAUACCAGGCUGAUGGAUAUGCGGUGAAAGAGUUGCUGAAGAUUACUACCGUUCUCUAUAAUGCUAUGAAAACAAAGCGAAUGGACACAAGUGAGGAUACAGAAGAAGACAGUUCAAAAUUCAAAUUUGACUUGGGGUCGAAGAUAUCAGAUUUGAAAACUGCCAGACAACUAGCCUCUGAGAUUACCUCCAAAGGAGCAACAGUAUUUGAUUUGUUGGGAAAAGAAGUAGGCCUGAGGGAGAUGAGAACAGCCGCAAUAGCCAGACCACUGGAAAUCAACGAGACUGAGAAGGCACUAAGAGCUGGAAUUAAAGAAAUUAUAGAACAAGUGCAAAGGACCAAGGAAAUGCUGAACAAUGUUGCCUCUGAUGAAGCAAACCUGGAGGCUAAGAUCGAAAAGAAGAAGAUGGAGCUGGAGAGGAGUAAGAAGCGGCUGCAGACCUUGCAGAGUGUCAGGCCAGCUUUCAUGGAUGAAUAUGAGAAGAUUGAAGAGGAGCUCCAGAAACAAUACGAGACCUAUGUGGAAAAGUUUCGUAAUUUGUGCUACUUGGAGCAGCAGCUUGAAGACUUGCACAGGAUGGAACAGGAAAGGUUUGAGGAAACUGAAAAUACACUACGGCUGAUGCAGAAUAAAUUGAAGGAGGAGGAAAAGAGGCUUAUGAAAAAUACAGGGAAAGAUGAUGAUUCUGACAAUGAGAUACAGGAAGAUGAAGGCUCGGAUAGUGAACUAGAAGACAGAAGACCACUAAAACCACGUCUUACCAGGGAACUGCCUGUUCAGGGCAGAGUUGGUGGUCGCGUGGUUGGGACAAUGCACGGAGGUGACACUGAGGAUGAGGAAGAUUCGGAUGACAGUGAAAUUGAUGUUGAAGAUGAAGAGGAUGAAUAUGAAAUUGCUGAAGAUGAUGAUGAAAGUAUUGAUAUUCAACCAGAACAGUCGUCAAGUAGAAUCCACAAGCAGGACCUUGAUGAAAGUGAUAAUGACUUCUAGUCCUAACCCUGAGCAACAGCUGUGUAGACAAUGCUUCCUGAUCUUCCUCCAAUUCCUUUUGGAUCUCCAUUAUUACAGAAAAGACCCAAACCCUUCACUGCAUAACCAACAUGUGGAGCUGUUAGAAUAGUAGAGACAGCAGGUCCAUCUCUGAUAAAUAGUUAAGUACAGGACACUAUUAUUAAUACUAACAAACAUUAAUUAAAUUUUCUCUUGCCCUGAAGUCAGUCCUUUAUUCCAAUCCAAAUAAAAAUCUCCUGAAAUGAUUAUCACUUUAAAACAGGUAACUUUCAGAAAUAUUCACUUGUUGCAAUUUGUAAAGAUGUAGCAGAUGCAAGUAGGAAAGAAAAAGAGAAAAUUAACUGAGCAGAUUUAAAAAGUCCAGGUAUUGCCAUCUAGGAUCCCAGAAAAAUGGACACUAAUCUCAAUGAUCUUUCAUUGAGAGCCACUUUUAUAUACUCACGAUAUCUGGAUGUUUUAUAUGCAAAGCAAUGACCAGUAUAAGUGUAACGUAAGUGGAGAGAGAGCUUUAAGACAUUCUGGCACAAAAUUGGAAGGAAAUACAGUAGGGAUUUGUUGAGAGCAAAUAGUGUUUAACUAAAUUAAUUGAACUUUUAAAAUGAGAUGUACUUUUUUUAAAAAAAAAAAAACCUGUUCAACCAUGUGACAGUGUGGGACUUGACCUUCUGGCCCAGUAGAGACGCUAUCACUUCAGCACAUAAUCCCUCUAAAAUGAACCUAGUUAGGCAUGUUAUGACACAUUUACACUGCAGGUGGGACUUGAACCAUAAUCAGGCCUGCUACACUACAGCAGCCCCUUUUUGUUGGCAUACACAAUUCUAUCAAGUGUAUUUUGGAAACCUAUCAAAGUUAGAGCUCUUGAAAUAAACGAGACAGUACCAGCAUGGAUACGAAAUUGACCAAGUUAUGAGAAAUAGCACUGGUGACUAGGAAUAAAAGGGAUACAUUAGAGUUCCCCAGAAGUUGCAAUUAAACAUGGGUGCCAAUUCCAAAAAUCAUGACUGAUAAUACAUGAAAGUAUUUGAACUAAAGAGGACAGUAAUGAGAUACAGGUUGCUGGAAUGGAAUGGCAGAUUAAAUUUAAUGCAGAGAUCUGUAAAGACAAACAUUUUGCUUGGAAUUGAGGUGGGGGGGGCGGGUGGAGGAAAUAGAAAUUAGAGGGAAGCAGGAGUACCAACCUUUGUGGUAUUUGUCAACCCAUCUUUGAUAUGUGCACAAAGUGAUUAAUGGAGGUGUGUGUGUUCUGGUCUUCAUUGCUUUAGUAAUCCUAUGCCCUAUCAAAGUUGUUUUAAAACAA